CCGAGAGAGGGGAGCGCCGGGACGAGCCAUCCAGCCAGAUUGGAAGGAGCCGCGGCGGGAGCCACAGCACCGGCGGGAGCCACAGCACCAGCGGGAAGGCCGAUAUGGACCGGCCGCCGCGUGACCCGAGGACCCCGGCUCCGGACCGCGUGACCCUCAAGAAGGAGAUCGGCCUGUUGAGCGCCUGCACCAUCAUCAUUGGGAACAUCAUCGGCUCGGGCAUCUUCAUCUCGCCCAAAGGCGUUCUGGAGCACUCGGGUUCGGUGGGCGCGGCGCUGCUGGUGUGGAUGCUGGGCGGAGGCGUGGCCGCCCUGGGCUCACUGUGCUACGCCGAGCUGGGCGUGGCCAUCCCCAAGUCGGGCGGCGACUACGCCUACGUCAGCGAGAUCUUCGGAGGCCUGGUGGGGUUCCUGAUACUGUGGAGCGCCGUGGUCAUCAUGUACCCGACCACGCUGGCCGUCAUCGCGCUCACCUUCUCCAGCUACGUGCUGCAGCCCGUCUUCCCCGAGUGUGCGCCGCCGUACGCCGCCACGCGAGUGCUAUCGGCCACCUGCCUCCUGCUGCUGACGUGGGUGAACUGCUCCAGCGUGCGCAUGGCCACCAGGAUUCAGGACGUGUUCACGGUGGGGAAGCUGCUGGCGUUGGGGCUGAUCAUCGUCGUGGGUUUGGUGCAGAUCUUCAAGGGCAACUAUGAGGCGCUGACUCCGCAGGCGGUCUUCUCCAUGGAGCGGACCCCCUCGGUGGGGCAGAUGGCGCUGGCUUUCCUGCAUGCCUCCUUCGCCUUCAGCGGAUGGAACUUCCUCAACUACGUGACGGAGGAAGUCGUGGAUCCCAGAAGGAACCUCCCUCGCGCCAUCUACAUCUCCAUCCCGCUGGUGACUCUGGUCUACACCCUGACCAACAUGGCCUACUUCUCGUCCAUGUCUUCCGACGAGCUGCUUUCCUCCAACGCCGUCGCCGUCACGUUCGGAGAGAAGCUGCUCGGCGUCUUUUCUGUCAUCAUGCCCAUCUCCGUGGCGUUGUCCACGUUCGGCGGCAUCAACGGCUACCUGUUCACUUCGUCCAGGUUGUGUUUCUCGGGCGCCAGGGAGGGUCACCUGCCCGGCCUGCUGGCCAUGAUCCACGUGGACAAGUGCACGCCCAUCCCGGCUCUGCUGGUCUGCUGUACGGCCGCCAUGGUGAUCCUGUGCAUCGGGGAGACUCACAACUUGAUCAACUACGUGUCCUUCAUCAACUACCUGUCGUACGGCGUCACCAUCGCGGGCCUCCUUUUCCACCGCUGGAAGAAGCCCAACCUCUACCGCCCCAUCAAGGUGCGUCUGCUGGUGCCCGUGUGCUACCUGAUGUUCUGGGCGCUGCUGUUGGGCUUCAGUCUCUACUCUGAGCCGCUGGUGUGCGGCGUGGGUCUUCUCAUCAUGCUAACUGGCGUGCCUGUCUACUUUCUGGCCGUCCACUGGAGGGCAAAACCAAAGUGCCUCGAGCGCUUCAUCGAGACGGCGACCGUGGUGGGCCAGAGCUUGUGUUUGGUGGUCUUUCCUCAGUUGGACCCCAUCGAGGCGGUGGAGACUUCCGGUUCGGCCGCUAACUAAAAACGGAUGUUUCCACCACCUCAUGCUGCGUUGCGUCCCCGUGUGACAUUUACGCCGAGCGGACGCCUUUUCUUCCUUGCGGACUUUUGCACGUUGUUUUAUUUCCCACCACGCACCCAACGUACAACUUGCUGAUGUGAGCCAACCCAGCUAAGCAUGAAAAUACACUGGGUUCUAGGAAAGAAACAUCGUCACACAAGUCGUUUGUUUUAUGUCAGCGUUUGGAUUUUUGACAGGGCCAAAUGUACUUGAUUUUUUUUGAGAACUAACCGAUGGAUUAGGUUGACAUGGUAGUACGUCUCUUCUUUUCUUUUUCUAAAAGAGUCAGCUCGUCCUGUGCGUGGCAGUGGGCCAGCGUAUUGGUUCUGACUGAAGUUUCCUUCAUUUCCAAUCCAAUGGGAAAUGUCAUCGUUCGUUCACCUUCACAUCAUGAUAAGGCAACUUGUCAAAAUGAACACCUCCCUGACGUUGCUUUUUUUUCCACUGUAAAUUAUUUGUCAAGUGUUGACAACGCAAUAUUGUUAACUAUCAUCUAUUUAGACAUGAAAUAGUUUUAGACCCGACCAUUCUAUCGAUUUCAUCGAUUAAUAGAAA